GUCGAGGAAUCGCUGUCUUUCUUUGCUAACCGUACGUGAGAAUUACUGAGACGUGAAGAUGCAGAGGAAAAAACUCUGCUAAGUUGUUUCUAGAACAAUCAUGACACUUCUCACAAGCGUUAUAGCAACUUCCUUUGUGAUUAUCUACUGGCAAGUACGUGACACGUUAUCUUCAGUCACGGAAUGCCAAGGGGCAACCUACUCCAUUCAAAAUCGCAUCUUGGCAGGUCACGCAUUCACCACAAGGCCAUCUGCAACCAUCGAGGUUUGCGUGAUUUUAUGUGGAGAGCAUCCCAAUUGUAAAAGUAUAAACUACUUUCGAAAUUCAAAGAUUUGUGAAUUGAAUAACAUGAGCCGGGUGUCAUCCCCAGAACAUAUGGUGGUUUUUGAAUCAGCUAUGUACAUGACCAACGCUUUUCGAGUCCCGUGUAACUACGACAUUGAAUGUGAACAGCAAGAGGAGAUCUGCCAGCUUGCGGUGGGCGGGAGCAAAUGUAAAGCAUGUAUGGAGGCUCUUGGUAUGGAAGAUAGAAGAAUUCCAGAUUCAUCUAUAAAUGCUUCAUCGUUUUUGCACGGGGGUUUACUUCCCAGUCUGGUUCGUCUCAACUCAAAUGAGUCAUGGAUGGCAGCCUACAAUGACUCUAAACCCUGGCUUCAAAUUGACCUCGGAAGGGACGCGGUAAUCAAGAAAAUCGCUACCCAGGGGAGACCCGGUAAAUAUUCAAUGUGGGUAAAGACUUACACGCUUUCAUCACGUGCCAACGAAGAGACUGAUUGGUUGGCGUAUAGAGAGAACGAAGACGUGAAGGUAUUUCAAGGUAACAAUGAUCAGGAAACGGUGGUAUCCCAUGUGUUGCCGCAGCACAUCAGGGCUCGUUUCGUCAGGUUCUGGCCCGAGACUUGGACCAAAAAAUACAGAGCCAUGAGGGUAGAGUUGUACGGCUGUUUCUUUCAGUAACUGCUCCGGCCCAGAUACAGUUAGAAAGGCAAAUUCGUAACUUGCAAUUGACCAGGAAAUGAAUUCAAGCAACAAGUAGUUAAAUCAGUAGUACGCGAUGAAUCUGAGUAGCGAAAGCUAUGUCAAGAGACAAUAUUUAUACCAUAAUGAAUGUCACUGCUAUUGUAACAUUUUAAAAUCUGCACAUAUGGUCAAUACGGUUUAAGGAAAAAAAAUUUAGAGUUUGAUGAUCAUUUAUAGAAACAUCAUUCGUACUUUA